UGUGCGCCAACCAGCCCCGCCCAUCACGGUCACGUGCUUUCUUGAGCGUGAGGCGGAAGUGGAGGAGUCGCGAGCAGAAACAGCCAGCAGCUGAGACAGAGACAUGGCGACCACGGCGACUGCAGCGAUCACGGGGCUCGGCCUCUUCUUCCUCCUCGUGCUCUCAGUGACAGGUGACUCUGUGUCACCCACUCUGAUCUCCACAAUACCGCUGCUGCAAAAUAACGCCACAACUGCUCACAACACCACUACUAAUGCAACCACUGCCAGCAAGCCUCCAGCCACCCACAGCUACACGACCAAACAGAACCACACUACCACACAAAGCAGCACCACGGCUAGCACCACAGCCCUCCCGGAGCCAGGUGUGGGUUCGUACAACGUGAGCCAGAAGACUCUCGUUUGCCUUCGUGCAGACCUGGCGCUCAGGCUGUACGUGAAUUACAAAGACAAUGCCGGCAAUAUCAAGGUCGGCCAGAUCAACGUUGAUCCGAACGAUACGAGAGCCAGUGGCAAUUGUGGUGACACCGAGUCACUACUCAACCUCACGUUUUCUCAUGGAUUUGUGCUGGCUGUGUUCACCAAGGACAAGAAUGAGUUUUCUGUUACAGAAAUCAAUGCAACCCUUAAGUACCAAUUUCCGGAUACAAAAGUUGAAGAGUAUUCGGUGUCGAGUGGCCCAGUGAGCUACACUCUGGCUCCGGCGAAUACCUCCUACAGAUGCAUUGCCAAACUUCGGCUUCCUGUCACUGCCAACUUCUCUCUGGACUUGAGCCACGUGCAGCUGCAGCCGUUCAACCUUGAGAAUGGAACCUUCUCGCCAGUGACCGACUGCACUCAGGACAAAACGACGCCGAUCCCGACCACAACGCACUCCCCGACCACAACGCACUCCCCGAGCACCAGCAGCCCACCGUUCCUGCCAGGGAAAUACAACGUGUCGGAAGAGGGCCAUGCAUGCUUGCUUGUGGACGUGGCUCUGGAGGUGCAGGUGGAGGACUCGCAGAACAAGACUCACAUAUUUGUGGUGCAUCCGAGUCGGACGUCUGCAUCUGGGCACUGUCAAAGCACUACUUCACUACUCAACCUGACCUUUGCCGAAGGCUUCAUUGCCUUCACCUUCACGACAAGCAACAAGAGAUUUCACCUGGACCAAAUCAGCAUUGACCUGAAGCUUCAUAUUCCUGAUGCCCCCAAUGAUACAUUUGUGGGCUCAAAGGGGAACCUGACCCUGUUCCCUGCAAACUUGGGAAGCUCCUACAUGUGCAAGGCUAAGCAGAACGAGAGCAUCGGUGACCAGAUCCUGCUGAUGGUCAGCGACCUGCGACUGCAACCAUUCAAAGUGCAAAAUGAUGCCUUCAGCACAGCGGAGGAGUGUACUCGGGACGUGGGCGGCGUGCUGAUCCCCAUCAUAGUGGGCUCCGUGCUCGCCAGCCUCAUCGUCGUAGUGCUCGUUGCCUACCUCAUCGGCAGACGCAAGAACCACACCGGAUACCAGUCCAUCUAGAGGCACACAUCGCUCCCCGCACUCCCUCUUCGCCCACCCAACCAAAGCCACGACUCCACUCGUCGGCUCCUCCUAAAGCACCAGAGAGAAGCACAUUGCAAAUUCCGUAUCGAAGUGCAGGUAGCUUGUCUUCGUGUAGGGUGCAGUGCAUGGCCACUCGCACAAUGGGAUGUUGACGUCGUGAGUCAUUUUACACACAUGAGAUGAGCCCCUGCACUGGCACCAUUAGUCUUUCCGUGAUGAAAUUAUUUGGACCACAGCACACACGCUCGCUACAACUGGCACACGGUGUGCUUGAUUAAGUGCCGUCAACGUGAGUCCAAUAACACAACCCAACUACACAAUCCAACGUCAUUCGUAAGUGCAUUUUGUGUUUUCAAAACUAACAGUGAUAUACAGAAAAUGAUGGAAACAAUUAAGCUUUGCUUAAAUUGUUUUCUUUUGAGCUGAAUUAAAACAGUGAUUGCCAAUUGACAUUGGUGGCAUUAGAGUGCAAUGCAACAACACGAGUGGUCAAGUAUUCUGCCAAGUUGUCAAAAUUAAAUCUCAAUACAAAUCUCAAUCCACACGUUGACUGGGCAGAGCUGUUUGCACAACUGCUCCUCUAUGUGCAUUUGUGGGCUGUGACCCUGUUAGAAUACCUUGCUGGUACUUUCUGUGGCAAUGAUAAAGGCAAAUUGUAUAUGUGCGUUUAUCAUAUUUGCUUGCAAUCCAGCCCAGUUAGGCAUAAUCUGUAUAUAAAAAAGCUUCUUGGCUCCAGCAAGCAGAAGUGGGGCGGCUGUAGACUGCACGGUGAGGCAGGGAUGGUGUUUCCUGGAUGGUUCACUUGAAAGGUUUUGUUUAAGCAAAGCCGCUAAAUACACUGAAUCGCCACUAAGCGUGUCAAAGGGUCGGACUACUUUUAUAACACAAGCUUUUGGUUGAUAUGCACUGUCUCUUGCAACAUUAUGGAACACACUUUUCAAAAAAUAACAUUGCCGUGUACAAAAUAUAGUUAAAUGCUGACUUGUACGUUCAAUUCCCAGUUAUAAGUUCUCAAUUUGUGUCCAUGGAGUGCCACCUGUGAAACUGGGCUAUGCAGUCAUUUAUGUAGGGACAUGAUUCUUAGUGGCUUUAUUAGCAUGAGAGCCCAUUGAGAGGAUGAGGUAAGUAGUUGUGGUAGUGGUGUGGAUUGUGGGGGAUAUUUAUCACAAUUGUUUCUGGGCAUUGUCACAGGAGUGCUUUGUGAGGUUUAUGAUUGGAAUUUUAUGUUGGAACAAUGCGAGUGUUCAGGCAAAAACUUAUUUUUUGAGCCACAAAGGUUAGCAAUGUGUUCAAUGGUUACAUCUGUCUUUGCCCUCUUGCAAGAGCAGUAAAUGUAUUAUGACUCCGUUUUGUGAACCAUCCAUAUUAACAAUUACAUGUAAGUCUUGCAUUUGUCAUUGUUAGAAGGUGUAAAGUCAAUUUGAUUCAGUCACUGAAGUCCCAACAUUUUGCAUCGUUUUAGUCUUGUGCAGAUUAACGAUGUGUUUUGCCCUAUUGCCUCUAGGCUUUGGCACAAUAGCAUAUCUAUAGGCAAUGCUAUCCAAUCAUUCAUCGCUGUGAACCUGGCUGAAAUGCUAUAAGGCCAUGCAACGGCAUAUCAGUAACCAGGUUAUGGUGCAAUAAUUGCAUCAGAGUAAGAAAUGUUUCCCAUUCACUUCAGUUUUUUGCAAAGCUGGGUGAUUUCUGCGCCUCCUGAAGGCUGCUUCUGGCCUGAAACUGAAGUCCAAUAGCACAAGCACCUCUUUUGCACAUGUUGGUCACAAAUACUCAUCUGUAGAGCAGUAAUGGAUAAUCGUGUGAGCACAGUUUGCAUUUGGGAAAAUGGAAUGUAUUCAGGGUUGCUGCGUGGAAGUAUUUCCAGUUAUAUUUUAAUAUACUUAGGUUUAUUUGUUUCAGUUAUAUUCACAUUUAUAUGUCAGUGUUAGUCUUCUCCAUUAUGGCACGGCUUCUGUUAAUAUUCAAUGCUGCACUUUGACAAAGUUAUUAAUUUAUUCCCAAGCCACCAUGUAACAUGACGUGUAAAAAUUUGUGAUGGGUGGGUUUACAAUGCUUGGUUUUGCCAAGGUUAACAUGGCUAGGUUUGUCUCGUUGAAAGAAGUCUUAUUCCAGCAGUUGGCUUGAAUAUUAACCCAAUCCUGAUUUAUGCACAAGGCCAGCAUAUAUUUUUUCGAUCACCUCUUCGUUAAUUUUUCCUAUAUAACCCAAUGAGAGGCUGAAAAUGCAUUUUGCUUACAGCUGAUGCAUGGAGGGAAUUUUGGGUGCUGAAGGUCACCAUGGUGCUUCUCCACUCGAGGCACACGUGAUUGUAUGCAAAUUAUCUUGUCAUUCUGAUUUUUGUCGGCGAGGUCUCAAGGAUUGCAAUGUAAUUAACACUUUGCAAUAAAAUCUUUUUGGUGUGGUGACACGUUCCUUAA